CCACGGUAUAUUGUAGCCUAGUGUAGUUUAUACUGUAUAUUGUAUCUCCACUAUUGUAGUUUAUAAUCACUUUUCUACCCUGGGGUAUAUUCUAAGAUAGUCUAGUAUCUACCAGCUGUAGUCAAGGUUAUUCCUUGGCCUGUAUUCUCUAUUUGUUCAUAGCCCAGGGUAUAUUACAAGCUAGUCUAGUUUAUACACAAGGGUGUAGUCUUGUUUAUGCCCCAGGGUAUAUUCUGGGCUAGUCCGGUUUAUACCCAGGGUCUUCUGUGUGCUUUUUUAUCAUAUGCCUUUCAUGGUCUGUGAUUAUUGAGAUUAUACCCAAAGGUAUAUUCCCGUCUUGACUACCCAGCAGGUUUAUAUUGUGCAGAUGUUUAGUGGUGUUCUGGACUAGUCCACUUUAUAAUCUGGGUUUGUCAUGUUUAUAACAAAGGGAUCUCUUCUGGGCUUGUCACGUUACUAUGUUGGGUAGAUUAACUAGUACUGUGUAUACAGUAACUAUACAGUGCACCAGGUACAUAGUAUUUUGGGCUUGGACGGGUUCUAUUCUUUAACCCAGAGUACAGGGCUGACCAAUCUUUGAAUGUGAUAUCGACAGAAAGGGUAUGAGGAAGUGCAGUCUUUCUGUAUUAUGUCGUAUUUGAGUCGUGACCGCGCACAGCAGCAGAAGCAGCUCUGUUAUUAACUGGGCGGACUCGGCGCGCUCACGAUCGGCGGUGGUGGAGCGUUCGAGUGUCACAUAAAAAGCCGCGCAACGCUGCCUUUCCUCUCAGUGCGACUGGACCGAACCCUCAAACGACGAUCAGAACCGGCAGCGGUGACGCAAUAACAGACACGGGCGGGGUGCUCCAUGUGAUCCACGUCCACGCAGCAACACACCAAAAAGAAGACCCCCGGGAUAGCUUCCACUUCACCUUGGGAUGCAGGAGAGGAUCUUUGCGGCCGCCACAGUGCUUCACUAGACAGUCAUGGGGGACUCGUUCUUCAACUGCUGUUAUUUCCCACCUCACCCCCCAGGCGAGGAGGAGCAUCCCAGGUCCCGAGUGCACAACGAGAGCAGGAUGGCCUCCCACCCGGGUCACAUCUCGCCGGACAAGCGCUUCCUCAUCAUCUUCGACUUUGACGAGACCAUCGUGGAUGAGACCAGCGAUGACAUGGUGGUGCAGACCGCCCCGAGUCAGCACCUGCCCAACUGGCUGAAGGACACCUACCAGCAGGGCCGCUACAACGACUACAUGCAGCGCGUCCUGGGCUACCUGGCCGAGCAGGGCGUCACCGAGAGCGACAUACGCGGGGUCAUGGAGAAGUUGCCCGCCACACCCGGCAUGCUCACCCUCUUCCAGUUCCUCCGCAGCCGGCCCUCGCACGACUUCGAAGUGAUCCUGGUGUCCGACGCCAACACCUUCUUCAUUGAGUCGUGGCUGAGGCGUGCAGGUGCACGACCCCUCUUCCACCGCAUCUUCAGCAACCCGGCCACCUUCAACAGGGACGGCCGCCUGGUGCUGAGGCCCUUCCACGCCCACGACUGCCCGCGGUGCCCGGAGAACAUGUGCAAGCAGGCCAUCAUCCGGGAGUACGUGACUCGCCGGACACAGGAGCGAGGGCGCCCCUACCAAAGGGUCUUCUACGUGGGGGACGGAGCCAACGACUUCUGCCCGGCGCUCGCCCUGGGGCCCCGGGACGUGGCCUUCCCGCGGCGGGACUUCCCCAUGCACCGGCUCAUCACGGAAACCCACGAGUCCAUGCCGGGGGAGUUCAAGGCGGUGACGGUGCCCUGGGCCACCGCAGAAGACGUGGUGCAGCGGCUGAGGAAGAUAGUGACCGAGUAGGGAGAAAGGGUGGUCCUGGAGAGAAAUGUAUGGAGGCGGGGGCUACUUCAGGUUCAGUUCUACUGUCAGGAAGUGGCAACUUUGAAGGCAAUAAUUAUAUUACGUCAUGCAAAAUGUUUUCUAUUCAGUUAUUUUUCACAAAGUGCACUUUUCCAUGUACUAAUCUCGGCAGUAUUCUUCAAGAAGGUGCUUCUCUUUAAAUGACUAUCUUGAAAUGUACUGUGUGUCUUUAUAUGUUGUCAGUCUUUUUGUGUAUUUACUCGGCAGGCCAAAGCCUGGUGAAGCAAACUAUUACCAGCAACAGGAAUAAAGCCAUCAACUCAA